ACUUUGAACUCAAUCAUGUCUGGGCGUGGCAAAUCAGGUAAGGCCAGAGCAAAGGCGAAGAGUCGCUCUUCCCGUGCUGGUCUUCAGUUUCCAGUCGGUCGUGUCCACAGACUGCUCCGCAAGGGAAACUAUGCUCAACGUGUGGGUGCCGGCGCCCCAGUCUACCUGGCGGCCGUGCUCGAGUACCUGACCGCCGAGAUCCUGGAGUUGGCUGGAAACGCGGCUCGCGACAACAAGAAGACCAGAAUCAUCCCACGUCACCUGCAGCUGGCCGUCCGCAAUGAUGAAGAGCUCAACAAACUUUUGGGUGGAGUCACCAUCGCUCAGGGCGGCGUGUUGCCCAACAUUCAGGCUGUCUUGCUGCCCAAGAAGAGCGAGAAGGCAGCCAAGACGAAGUAAAACUUCUGACGUUUGACAGACUCCACAAAGGCUCUUUUAAGAGCCACACACUCCUUUCAGAAAGAGCACAUCAUUCCUGAAUUCUUAAGCACAGAUCUAUUCUUGAACAUUAAUGUUCAGAUUUUUACCAUAAUAAGUUCAUCAAGCCGCUUCACAAUU